UCAGCGUCGCCCGUGUCGCUCCGUCUCCAACCCCGCCGCGCGCGACAAGCGAGCGGCCGGUGGCCGAGACGUCGUUUGACCGUCCCCGAUUCGCCCGCCGCCGCCGCCGCCGCCCGCCGCCACAGCCCGCCGGCGAACCGUGGCCGUAUCUCUCUCUAUCCUCUCCGGAGAUGGCCGGCGCGGGUGCGGGUGCGGGCGCGAUCGCCGCUCUCCUGCGCGCCGCGCACGUGCCGCCGGCGCCGCGCGCGCGCUCGAUUCGGGGCCUCGCCGCGGCGCGCGGGCUCCCUCCUCUCGUCCGCGCCACGGCGGCGGCCAUCGCGCCGUCAUCGUUCUGCCCUUACCUCCCGCGCCUCAGCUCUGCUCGCUCCUUCUCCUCCUCAACAUCGUGCAGCGCCGGCGCGUCCCUCGGUGGCGCGGUGUCCACCUCGCCGUCCGAGCAGGAGAAGCAGCGGCAGCAGUCGGAGCUCAUCUUCCUCGGCACGGGCACCAGCGAGGGCAUCCCGCGUGUCAGCUGCCUCACCAAUCCCUCCAAGACCUGCACCGUCUGUACCAAGGCAGCCGAGCCAGGGAAUCGGAACAGGAGGCGCAACACGUCCAUCCUCCUGCGCCAUGCCACGCCGUCUGGCACGGCGAACAUCCUAAUUGACGCUGGCAAGUUCUUCUACCACUCUGCGCUCCAGUGGUUUCCUGCUUAUGGAUUGAGGACAAUUGAUGCUGUGAUUAUUACUCAUUCUCAUGCGGAUGCAAUCGGAGGCCUUGAUUGUCUUCGCGAUUGGACGAACAAUGUCCAGCCCACCAUCCCGAUUUAUGUAGCAGAACGUGAUUAUGAGGUGAUGAAGAUGACUCACUACUAUUUGAUUGACACAAGUGUGGUUAUACCUGGAGCUGCAGUUUCAGCAUUGCAAUUCAACAUUAUUAAAGAGGAACCAUUUACAGUUCAUAACCUUGAGGUCAUUCCUUUGCCUGUCUGGCAUGGUCAGGGUUACCGCUCUCUUGGUUUUCGUUUUGGUCGUGUAUGCUACAUAAGUGAUGUCAGUGAUAUACCUAAAGAAACCUACAAACUUCUGGAAGACUGUGAACUUCUAAUAAUGGAUGCUCUUAGACCCGAUCGUUCUUCUUCAACACACUUUGGAUUACCACGGGCCCUUGAGGAAGUUAGGAAAAUCAAACCAAAGAAAACACUGUUUACUGGAAUGAUGCAUUUAAUGGAUCACGAGAAAGUAAACAAUGAACUUGCCAAGUUGAUGGAGACAGAGGGGCUUGACAUCCAGCUGAGCUAUGAUGGUCUCAGGGUACCUGUAUGGCUCUAAUACUAUUAAUUCUUUUAAACACACACGACAUUUUUUUGUCUUCUAGGCACAGCUAGGAUAUGUUUACAGAUUUUCUAAGGUUUCAGUUAGUAAAAUUAUUAUUACAAGAUGUAAUCUGUUGAACUCCUUGCUUUGAGCCUUUGCUUUUCUUUUAUUCUCCCUUCUCUAUAGAGGGAGCUUAUGUAGCAAAUAUACAUCUUAUAAUUUCCCAAUGCAAUAAAAUUUCCAAUUGAUUGUUUUUGAAACAAUA